UUGAAGGAUGACAGAUCACGCUACUACGGUGGUCCUGCGGACAGGUGAUUUAGUGGCGCCGUCAGCUGUGUAUCUUCACUUGAAGCUUUGAGUUAAGACAGCGGCAAUUGUGUGUUUGCUCAACCGCCGCAAUGGAGUCCAUCUGCCCAAUCGAUCAACGUUGCACUUCUCAAAUCUCGGCUCUCCUCCGACCGACCUCCCCGCCGGAAGUCCAGGAGUAUUUUGAGCAGCUCAUAUCAAAACGGGGAUGCCGAGGUAUCAAAGUGAAACAAGACGGCGAAUUCGGAAAGGGUAUCUAUGCUGAAUUGGACUUUGGAGAAGAGGAACUUAUUUUGAAGGACCAAAUGCUUGCUGGUGCACAGCAUACUUCGAACAAGAUUGAUUGUUUAGUUUGUAGCCAUUGUUUCCAAUUUAUUGGCUCAAUGGAACUACAAAUAGGACGGAAACUAUAUCUGAGAUCUCUAGGUGUUUCUUCAAAUAAUCAAUGUAGUAUCGAGAUGUUUUCACACACUACAGAAGGUUGUUCUGAUACUGAUUCAUCUGAUGAAGAGGAGAAUUUCUACAUGAAAGAUCAUGGUAGUUCUCAAAGUGGAGCCUCUUGCAGUUCCAAGAGUAGUCCUCUGCCUAAAGAGGUUUUGGAAUCAUUAAUAAAUGGCAACUUAGUAUUGCCUUACUCAAACAAAUUUCCAUUGCCUUCUGUUGUUUCAUGUCCCGGGGGAUGUGAAGAAGCUCACUAUUGUAGUAAAUCAUGUGCUGAAGCUGACUGGCAAUUAUUUCAUUCUUUGCUUUGUACUGGGGAGAAAUCGGACACACUAUCUAGGGAAGCACUGUCAAAAUUCAUACAGCAUGCAAAUGAAACAAAUGAUAUUUUCCUCCUUGCUGCCAAGGCAAUUUCUUCCACCAUUUUAAGGUAUAGGAAGUUGAAAGCAACUCUUUCCAAAGAAGGGCAGAAAACUGAACCAUAUACUUUUAGCAGUUGUGAUGUAUCCUUACUUUUGGAAGCAUGGAAACCAAUAUCAAUUGGACAUAAGAGAAGGUGGUGGGAUUGUAUUGCACUCCCAGAUGAUGUUGAUGAUUCUGAUGAAGCCACAUUUAGGAUGCAGAUAAGGGAACUUGCAUUCACAUCACUCCAGCUCCUUAAGGAAGCCAUAUUUGAGAAGGAAUGCGAACCAUUAUUCUCCCUCGAAAUAUAUGGGCAUAUAAUUGGCAUGUUUGAGCUCAAUAAUCUUGAUCUAGUUGUAGCAUCCCCAGUGGAGGAUUACUUUCUGUAUGUUGAUGAUCUCCCUUCCCCUGAAAAGGAAGAAGCUGAGAAAAUUACACAAGCUUAUCUGAAUGCCCUUGGUGAUGACUACUCAGUUUGCUGUCAAGGUACUGCAUUUUUUCCUUUGCAGAGUUGUAUGAACCAUUCUUGCUGUCCUAAUGCAAAAGCAUUCAAAAGAGAAGAGGACAGGGAUGGCCAGGCAACCAUUAUCGCGAUCAGGCCUAUAUGCAAGGGAGAAGAGAUCACCAUUUCGUACAUAGAUGAGGACCUUCCUUUUGAAGAGAGGCAAGCAUUACUUGCAGAUUAUGGCUUCAGAUGCAGGUGCGCCAAGUGUUUAGAGGAAGAACAAUGCCAACCACAUUCCUUACGAGUUCCACACCGUGAAACAAGACAUGACUCUAAGUUAGAGCUGUGAUCCGAUGUAUAAGCUUGAAAGUUUCAAUUUAAUUUCUAAUCUAAUAUUUCAUCAGGUCGUUGCUUGUUCAUGUAUCAACUUUGUUUCUCAAAAAUUUGUCUCCUCUUGUAAUUUAAUUGGAUAUUAGCAUGAAAGAAUUAAAUGCCUACGGUGUUC